UAUAAAUACAGUGCCCAACGUGAGCAACGCCGCCGUGUGAGCGAUCCGGGAGAUCAAUUCGGUCCAAUUUGUAGACAUCAAGGGGAAGGAAACAGGAGGAAAAGUAGAACCAGCAGCCAGAGGAGGAGGUGCUAAGCCGGCAAAAAGAUGCCGCCCAAGCGUCCGCCACCGCUCGUGCCGAAGAAGCCCAAUCCCAGCAUGAACUACGAGGUGUUGAUCUACCUCAACUCGUUCUACUUCGGCAUGUUCGCCUGCUGCGAGAUGGCCAUGGGCCUCCUGAAGGCCAUCAAUCUCAGCUACACGGGACAUUCGCUGGCCCUGGACACGGGGGUGAUGAUUGGCUUCAUUGUCUUCGAGACGAUCCGAUUGAUAAUGGGGCGCAUGAGUUCGCUGGCCGAUCGAGGUUGGUCGGCCAUACUGUCGGUCUUCAUGACCGCCCCCUGCUUCGUGGGCGUCUCCUAUCUGCUGCUGCUGCAGACCUACCGACUGCGCCUGGAGUACUGCCUGUGCACGCUGCAGAUCGCCCUUUACCUGACCGAGGUGUGGUAUGCCAUCGUCUUCGUUUUCUCGCUGUGUCGUCCAGUAACUUAUGAUUAGCCACAUAGACAGAAACACCAGCCAACUAGCAGCAAAUAUACAUGCGAAAGUUUAGCAAACCACACGAUCGAAAAAGGAUAGUGUGCAGUGUAAUGAAAUGUAAUGAAACUGAGUAGCAGUAGGCAGCUGAAUUGCUCAUGGCCGAGGAGGAAACCAAACAAAAAAGGAAACAAAACAAAACAAAACACAUAUGUAGCAUAUUAAUAAUUAUGUAUAGUAAGGUUUAUGAUAACAUACACACACUCUUAUAUACAUAUAUUUAACGGUUUUAUAUACAAAAAUUGUUAACAUUUAAGCAUCAAUUGGAACCAAUAUAAGACAACAAGCAAAACCUAAA